UUUUAUGGAACAAACGUAAUGGUCGUAAUGCGAGGCGAUGGACUUAUGUCUGCAGAUGUUCGGGGGACGGCGUUGGAUGUUUUGGCAAAUACAGAGUACUUGAUUGUUGGAGGAUCGAAUCAAAUCUCUCUUUACCUUAUGGGAUCGUCGAGUACUAGUACAAUCACAAAAAUUCGUACAAAUAGAUCAUUGGUUCGUUUACUGAAAUUCAAUCCAGUAAUUGCGACUGGACGUUUUGCUAGCGUGUCUGGCCAGUAUAUUGAUAUUUAUUCACUUGGACAACACGCACAAAUUCAGCAGCUAGCUUCAUUUACAGCUCAAAAUAGAAAAGUUUCUGAUUUUUGCUGGUGUCCACAUGAUGAACAAUUAAUGAUUAGCUGUGGAGAAUCUGAUUAUGUCAAUUGUUGGGAUUUACGUGUUAAUUUAACCAAGCCGAGCUUUCAAGUAACUGCUGCAUUUGGCGCCAACCAAUCCAAAGUUGCACCUCAUCUUCAAAAUUUUCUUUUAACAACGCAUGGGUCUGAUACACGUUUAUGGGAUUUGAGGCUUUGGAAUAUGUCAAAUCAACAAAAUUCACCAACAGUUGUAAGCGUAGCCCAAUUUAGUGCUUGGAGACUUGUUUUUUCGUUUGAAGGUCAGGAAUUGGCUGCAUUGGCAUUACCACCUGUUAAUGCACUGGCACUUUAUUCAAAUUAUGGAUUAGAAAAUCCACGUCUUCUUCGGAAUGAACUUCGGGAUGAGAUGUCUACGCCUAUAUUACAAACAAAAGCUGAUGAAGAAAGUGACAGGCUUGUGGCGGUUUCUGAACAACGCCAACAUUCUGCCAGUGAACUUGAACGACGCCAUUUUUCUAUAUUUGAAGCUUUUGGAGCUGAAAAUUUAUCAAGCAAUGAAUCUGAUAAUACAGAAAAUUAUAAAAUUGGCACAUCAUUAACUUCUGAAUUUGAGAAAAAUAAAACUUUUGAAGACGAACAUGUCCAACAACAACAUAGUCAAAUGGAUGAACACAAAUUAAUUUCGCCCACUGCGUGUCAAAAUUUGGCACUUGAAACUGAAGAAGGUAGUGUUAGCCCCCGACGUACUACUAUUCCAGCAUCUGCCUCUUCAUCAUCACUCGGUCCCAUCAAAGGACAUCAACAAAUCCCCUCCACUAUUGGUAGCACUAUUCCACAAUCACCUAGUUAUUCUGAAUGGCAACGUUGGAUUAAAGCACCAAAUACAAUAGGAGGUGAUCUGUUAACUGAAUUAGAAGCACUUAGAAAGCAUACAACUGAAGGUCUUUAUACAACUGAGGUAUUUGUUGACAUUUUACAAAAUGAUUCCCCAUUUACUUCUGCCAAAGCAUCUUUGUUUCUCACACUUUUACAGCAAGAAUGUGAUGAACAAUUUAAAAUUACUAGUGAUCAAACUGUUCUUUGUAGAGUUUUUGGCCCACCUCCUUCUGCUUCAUCAGUUAUUGAUACGUCUAACCAAUAUCCCUCGAAAGCAAGUUCCCAAUCUGAUUCUACCGGUGAUGAAAGAAAUUUGCUUGCUUCCUUAGCUGCCGAAGCAACUGAAAGGGGGUCAAUUAUUUUUGGUGAAAGUGAUACAUUAGCACCUAAUCAUAAACAAUUGGAAGCACUUCCUUGCUCAUAUAAACCAUCUCCUUAUGAUAGUAGAGUCCCCACCCCUAGAAAUUGUGGAGCACGAUUUAAUCGUUCAGGCAAAGUUUCAUUAUACAAAUUAAAUAUAAAAAUAUACUUUAGGGUAUCUAGUCGCUUUUGGAAUUGUUGAUCAUAUUUAUAUUCGCAAGAAUGAAGAUUUUUGUGGAGGUGUUUCACAUCAAUUAACG